AUGAUGACGUACAACCACCAUCUGCGGCCAACGAUGUCGACCCUCGAACCUUUCCGUGUCUUCGCGUUGUCAAAUGAAUUCAAGCUUCCCGUUCGACAAGAGGAAAAGCUGGAGCUGGCGCAACUUCUCGAGAGGGUCCCGAUUCCUGUUAACGAGAGCGUCGAAGAGCCUGCUGCGAAGAUCGAUGUUAUCGUACAGGCAUAUUCGCAGUUGAGGUCACUACUAGCAGACGAAAAUUUCCCUCCACCUUCCGUACAAGCUAGUAACAGGCGACUCUCCGCUGCUGGAUCACCUAUCGUUUCUAUGAGGACGACGAGGAUCUUUGUCCCACCACGAAACUGCCAACUGUUCGUAUCUCAAGUAUCAACAAUGCCACCGAAAAGGACGAUUCGCCGCAAAAGCUUGGCCCGGAGAGCCACAGAGCACUCUACUAGACCCAAUAAGAGACGCAAAAUGACCCCGCCACACGAAGACGACUACAAGUUGGGUGACCUCAAUCGACGACAACGAGCUAUUAGCCGUUUCCUUCAAAAUCACGAUUGCACCCUUCUCUCGAUAGCCCAAUACCUUGGCUAUGACUCGGGUAAAACUGCGAGCAUAUUCCGAUGUCGCGAGAAUAAAAACUGGGUCGUCGACACUGUGGAAGACGAUGCAAAGUGGUUAGAAGGGUGGGACUACAAGGCCGCUCUAGCCAUCACUCAAAAGUAUAUGGACGAAGCCAAACAUAAACACGGAACAUUGAAUAAGAUCGACACCGAGGGCGAGGAAGCCAGCGAAGAGGAUGAACUCGAGCGCGAGGAUAGGGUUGAGUACGAGAAUGGCGUCGAGGGCCAGGAGAAUGAACUCGAUAACGAAGAUGAAGCCCAGCGUGAGAACGGCGGCGAGAGCCAGGAUGAACUGGAGUAUAUGGAUGAAGUCCAGCGCGAGAAUGGCAUCGAGAGCGAGGAUAACACAAAGGGGCAAUCCAAGAAGACCGAGGGAAAGCAGUGCAACGUGAAGAAGGAGGAGGCUAUCGACCCCAUUCUCAAGAUUGAGAACGUGGAAAUGGGAGUGGAGCAUAAUCCAGCCUUGGAUGCGGUCGCGAUUGCCUCUGCAACUGUGCAGCUAACUCCCACCGACUACACCAACGACAACGAUAUUCGUCCGACUUUGCCGUGCCACGUUAUGCCGCCCGUUGCGAACACUCAAUCGGGGCACGCACUCACCAACAACACUGCGCUGACCCCCCAUACGCCCACCAAUAGCAACGGCCCUGUGCCAAUCAAGAGCCCUUCGCCUACGCCGGCCAACGUCCCUACUCCUUCGCCAACCAAGAGCCCUUCGCCAACUCAUGUCCCUUCGCCGGCCAAGGACACCGUGCCGACCAAUAUUACCGUGCCGACCAAUACUACCGUGCCGACCAAUACUACCGUGUUAUCGACCAAUCUAUUGCCCGCCGCCAACGACUUGAAUCCUCCGACAUUGACUGCUUUUCUAGUCAAUAUACAACCAGAUCUUUCUUCCUAUCUCGACCUCCUCAAUAGCUGUGGAAUUUAUCAAGUGGCCGAUCUUGCGUUCCUGGUCGGUCGUGAUUUGAUGCAAACUCGAAUCCUCGUCGAGCGUUUAUUACACCUCCCAUUCAAAAAACUGGGUGAACUAUCAGGAGUGUUCGUCAACCCAGUCAUGAACAGCGUAGAAUGUCUUGCACUCGCCCAGGCAAUUCUUGCCUCACCUUCCAUCGCAACCACGCCAGAAGCACACUGGCCAGCAGAAAUGUCUGCUCUUGCAAAUGUUUUGCACCAAAUCCAUCCGAAACUGGCACGUUUUGUUCCUCUCCUCCGUCACUGCGGCAUCAAACAACCAUCGGACUUGUAUUUGUUGGUUUCAGGGGAUUUCGUCGGCACGUACACCCGCAUCGAAGGUGUCUUCUAUCUACCCAUGAAGAACUCCGUCGAAGAACUCGUUGCUGAAUAUGAUGGGCCUCCGAUGUCCAGAGUUGAAUGUCUUGUACUCACCAACUACGUUAUGAAGCUUUUCCGACAACGUUCUACUAGAGAGGCAUGGAGGCAAUGCUUUGGGGCUUGA